UUCAUUUAAUAGUUUUGAAGCAUUAUCUGCAGCACUUGGACCAAGUUGCUUUGAGAAAUAGGCUGUGCCAAAUUCACUUUAGGCUUGCAAAUGAAUGCAGAUAAAUAUUUAAAUGGCUGUAAAAGCACCGCGAUUACUUUCAGGACGGAAUAAGUUCUACCUUAUCUCGUUUUCAAGUUGCAGCUUGAAUUGGACUAGACUUGCUAUCGGCACAUAACGAACAUUAAAACGUCCACGUUGGGAUUUAAGCCAAAAAAAAAAGUCUAUUCUCUGAGUGGGAGGCUGUUUGUAGUAUCCUGAAUUUGUUGUUGUUGAUUAUUAUUAUACACUGCCAGUAAAAUGUCAGAACUUAAGCAUCAAAACAGCCUCCGAAACUUUUCAUUUUAAGUCAACUUGCCGGUCGCAAAGUUGGAAAAUGUACGACUUUGACAAAGUACACGAGGAACAACCGAACGCAUCAUCGAGUUCGGUUUUGUUCGGGCUUCACAUCUCAUUUAAGCAGGUACAGCACAGCCUCAGGAGCUGUGCAGAACACAUCUUUGGAGUGCCUCAGUCUUAUGAAGUUCACGCUUGUCAGUUGGGAUGCUGCUAACGCCGGCCUUCCUCUCACUCACUCACACUUACACUUACUGCUCGGAUUCACUCAGAACUCACUCUCUCUUCCUCAGGCGGGCCGCCCCCUCAGCUGAAUUCUCAGUGGACCGGACCCGACACCUCAUGUCCUUCCUGACUAUGUUGGGGCCCAGCCCAGAUUGGAAUGUGGGUCUGUCUGCUGAGGACUUGUGCACCAAGGAGUGCGGUUGGGCCCAGAAGGUGGUCCAGGACCUGAUUCCCUGGGAUGCAGGGACAGAUAGCGGAGUUACAUACGAGUCUCCCAACAAGCCUUCCACGCCGCAGGACAAGAUCCGUCCCCUGACCAGUCUGGAUCAUCCACAAAGUCCCUUUUAUGAUCCUGAAGGAGGCGCUAUCACUCCUGUGGCCAGAGUGGUGGUGGAGCGCAUAGCCAGAAAGGGCGAGCAGUGCAACAUCGUGCCGGACAAUGUUGAUGACAUCGUAGCAGAUAUUGCCCAGGAGGAGAAAGAGGAAGACGAUACUCCCGAGACGUGCAUCUACUCCAACUGGUCUCCGUGGUCAGUCUGCAGCUCGGCCACUUGUGAGAAGGGCAAGAGGAUGAGGCAGAGGAUGCUGAAGGCCCAGCUGGACCUCAGCGUCCCCUGCCCACACACCCAGGAUUUUGAGCCAUGCAUGGGGCCCGGAUGCAGCGAUGAGGACGCCUCCACCUGCAUGAUGUCAGAGUGGAUAAACUGGUCUCCGUGCAGCGUGACCUGUGGGGCGGGAACACGAUCCCGGGAGCGUUACGUCAAACAGUUCCCAGAUGACGGCUCAGUGUGCACUCUGCCCACGGAGGAGACCGAGAACUGUGUGGUUAAUGAGGAAUGCUCUCCCAGCAGUUGUCUGGUUACGGAGUGGGGUGAAUGGGAUGUCUGCAGCGCCACUUGUGGUCUUGGCAUGAAGAGGAGAGAGCGCAUGGUGCAGAUGCCUCCUGCAGAUGGCUCCAUCUGUGGUGCAGAGGUUCUAGAAGUGGAGAAGUGUAUGAUGCCAGAAUGCCAUACGAUCCCCUGCAUGCUGACUCCGUGGUCCGACUGGAGCGACUGCAGCGUGACUUGUGGGAAGGGUCUGAGGACCCGGCAGCGUAUGCUCAAGUCUCCUGUGGAACUGGGAGAGUGCACGGAAGAGUUAGAACAGGUGGAGAAGUGCAUGCUACCGGAGUGCCCCAUAGACUGCGUCAUGUCAGAGUGGACCGAGUGGUCAGAAUGCAACAAGUCCUGCGGGAAGGGCCACACGAUCCGGACACGCAUGGUGAUGCUGGAGCCUCAGUUCGGCGGAGACCCCUGUCCUGAAACCAUCCAGAGGAAGAAGUGCAAGCUCAGGAAGUGCAACCGAGGACAAGGAAACAGCGACGAGAAGAAACGACGCAAGGAGCAGCGCGAAAAGCGGAGGAGCAAACAGGGCAGAACCGAAGGCACCUCCGAGCAUCCUGGGUGCAGAAUGAGACCAUGGUCAAGUUGGACAGAAUGCACCAAGCUAUGCGGCGGAGGUAUUCAGGAACGGCUCAUGACAGUGAAGCAGAGGUUUAAGACUGCCCAGCUGUCCAGCUGCAAAGACAGGAAAGAGAUCAGGGCUUGUAAUGUGCACCCUUGCUAGGAAGGAGGAAAGGGAGCGGGGGCUGGGGUGUUGGACGGGACGAGGGGGGAAGAGUGGGACGAGGACAGGGCACGCUGUCGCACAAUGAUUCCAAUGCACUCUGUUUAGGGCUGAAACGACACAUUCUUGAAUCUGCGUCGGUUAAAUCCAGAGCUGAGGUCAGUUGUCGGCGAGAGAGAGAGAGAGAGGAUGAACUUGAAGCUCUCUCCGGACAACUCUGGAUUUAAACCCGACUGAUUCUUCUGUGCUUUCGAACGAGCUCUGAUACACUUACGACUCUUUUGCGACAUUACUGUAAAACUUGGUGUGGUAUAAUAUAUCUUGAAAAAUAUAAUUAUAAACUAUAAAUUGAUUUAAUAAUAAUAAGAUAAAGAACUGUUAUAUCUUGUGGUAUCCUUAAGUAGUACAGUAUAUUCCAGACUUUAAAGCACAGGUGCCCAGCCAUUCCAGUGUUUUAUAUGCCUUCAACUGUUCUGUUGUUUUUAGGACACAAAAAAAAUACCCGGUUGACUUUUUACCCAGCUGUAUUGUUGUACAUGUAGAUGCACUACGAUUGACAUCUAUAUGAUUUGGAGCAUUAUUAGAAGAUGUUUUUUGUUGGUUUUUGUUUGUUUCAUUUUGUUUUUUUGUUUUUUUUUGCAGUGGAAUCUUUUGAUAAGAAUGUGUCCCAAGAUUCUUACCAAAGUCUUGUGUAGAUGUUUUCUAGAUGUAUUUCCUUCCUUUUCUUUAUCUCUGUUCCUCUAACAUAUUAAUAUUUUGGAAUAAUAUCACCUUUACAAUAAAAGUAAAUGUGACAACUUUU